CUGUGGUGCUGCGAAGGUCGUCGGUCGGGGUCGGAGAUCGAGGUCCAGGGACGGUCGUCAGAUAGAGCACUCGUCCCGGCUCGGAUGACUGCAGAGAAAGAAGCUCGCCGCUGUGUGCGUACAGGGUCGCGGCUCGACGGACGAAGCUCUGGUCGCCGGAGGUCGGACGUCGGAGGGCUGCUCGCUGAAUCGACGGAGACGCUGGAGGACGCCGGCGAAGGGAAUCGGCAAUUCACGGUGCUCGCGAUGGUGGUGUCAUGGCAGGGGUGGUGGCUGUUGGCCUAUCGACGAUCUUGCGGGGGCGAGUGUUGUCUGUCACUUUGCGGCGGCUACAGAGUCUCGUUACCUUGCCGGAGGCGGCGGUGGAGCACGGGUAAGAAAAGCGUCUCCGCCGGCGGGAAUUCGAAGCGGUGGAGGUUCAAGGUGAAGGAUCUCGUGCGGAGGAGCCAGAGCAAGGGGAGCAAGAGCCGUAUCGUCCUUCUGACUGACGAAACGAAGGCAGUUAGAGAAAUGCCGGCGGGUGGCUGUGUGAUUCUGGCGCCGCAGCCGCGUGGUGCAAUCGGGAUGGCGGCGAGAAGCGGCAGGUACUGCGGCGUUCGUACAUGCCGUACAGGCAGGAUUUGGUGGGGCUCUUUGGUAACGUGA